AUGGAUGGUAGACAGCCGGAAUACCCGCAGUCAGGUUUGAGCUCUCCGUACGCGCCCUACACCGGCCACCAGUCUGAAGGGUCAUCUGCAGAUCAACCAUCGGCUGUGCAAUACCAGCAGAGCCAAGACUACAAGCCCUCCAACUUCUCGUCUUCGGCGACCCCCGACUCGAGCUACGGACUGCCUCAGUCGGCGCGCUCAGGAAGCUUCCCCGAGUACAUCCAGCGCUCUUACGCGGACGGCCAGCAGCAGAGUCGCUACCCUGCAGGCGCGCAGAGCGGUAUGGCGCAAACAUCAAGUCCGUCUCCUUCCAUGGCCGAUGGGCCACCACGCAAUGACCACGCCAGCAACGCAAAAUCUGACCCAGAUGUACCCAUAGAUCCCUCGAUCGCUCAAUCGAGCCCCCAGUACCCGCCGCAAAACUACUCGCCUUACCCGCCCCAACAACAUGAGAUGCACCAAUACCAGGGCCAACCGAUGACCUCGUACGGUCGCCCGGAAUGGGCAGGCCAGUAUCAGCAGCCCUUGGGCUACCACUCUCCCGCAACGACCGGGGGAGCUGCACCCAACAUGGCCGCGCAUGCGAUUCCUAGACCACCUGCGGUGGGUACCUUCGCUGGUGCGCCUCCUGUAGUGUAUCCUAACGUGACACAGGGCGGGCAUCCGCUUUCCACAGUCUACUCGUUCGUGCCCAUCCCGGGCGCGCAACAGCACAAGCGUCCGCGGAGGCGGUACGAAGAGAUUGAGCGCAUGUACAAGUGCGGGUGGAAUGGAUGCGAGAAGGCGUACGGAACGCUGAAUCACCUGAACGCGCACGUGACGAUGCAGUCGCACGGAACCAAGAGAACUCCGGAAGGUAUGUCGCAAUUAUUUCUUCCUCCCCCUCAUGCAGCAGUAUCUCGAGGCAGCAAAACGCAGCGGUGGAUUGAUUUGGCGUUGUCUGCGUGAUCGCGUGUUUCAUGGUUUCACACCCGAUGGUUUGGUAAACGCUCAAUCGCGCGCGGGCGCUAAGCGCAAGGCUUAUCCAUGCUGGAAGCCUUAGUGCGAACUAGCCUGACCAUUCACUUGGAAUCGCCCUGCAUGUGCUGACUAGUUCUUGCGAUGUAUAGAGUUCAAAGAAAUUCGCAAAGAGUGGAAGGCGAAGAAGAAGGAGGAGGAGAACCAGCGCAAGGCGGAAGAAGAGCGACAACGCCAAGAAGCUGCGCGAUCCGGUCAGGACACGUCUCAGGCGCAAGGACAACCCGGGCAAUAUCAGCAGCACAUGAUGCCACCUCAGAUGGGCGGCCCUCAACUUCCUCCGAUCGGCUACCAACCCGCCGCCGGGCAAGCACCUGGCCAGUACGCGCAGCCGCAGCAAGUGGACGGGGCGCAACAGUACGGCGGCAACAGUCAGAUGUACGGCGGUCAAGGGUACCCACAGAGUCCAUACGGUCAAGGUGGCAUCGCAUACCAGCAGCGUGUGUAA